AAAAAGAAAAAAUACCAAAGCAACAACAACAACAAUUUCGACUUUUGUGCGCCGUUUAUGAACACAAAUUUCAAUUGGAUUUAAUCAAAAUCAUAAGAAAACUCUGCCACAGAUCCAAACACUCAAACACACACGCACACACAGACACUCAUUAAGUUGUGUGUGUUCUCUCUGUCCGUGUGAGUGUGAGUGUCUUUGUGUGUGUCCCAGUGUCGUCUGACCGAGAAACCAAGAGGCUACGACGCGUCGCUGCAUUUUAUUGAAACGAACUUCAAACAAGCAAAACUGUGCAUAAGUGUGUGUGUGUGUGUGUAUCUGACAGUAUCUGCAAAAUGGUCAAAAUGGCCAGCGAGGAGACGGUCACCGAGCCAGCACACUCCGAAAAAGUCGAGUUGUCGCACUUUGGUGAAUUCUGCCAGCGUCGCGGCAUUAAUCCCAAUUUGAUAAUGCUCAAGAUAACGCUCUUUGUCAUGUAUGGAGCCACUUCAUCCUUGUUGCCAUAUUUAACUAUUCAUAUGCAAUCAAUUGGUUUGACGGUGGAAGAAAUUGCGAUUAUCUAUUUGGCAUUGCCGUUCACAACUUUUCUCAGUCCGCCAAUAACAGGUUUUCUCGUUGACAAAUUUGGCAAAUACAAACCAGUCGUUGUGAUGAGUCUACUGCUGAAUGCAAUUUUCCAUCACUCCCUGCUCUUCAUACCCCAACAGGAGAUACCCGGCGUGGUGCCAUCGGCGUUUGUAAUACGCCAUCCGGACAGCGGAGACGUUGAGGUCUGGUGGUCGCCUUGCCCCAGCCGAGAGUGCCCUGAAGAGCCCGAGUUGGACUUGGCUGUGCACCAAUGCGUCGACUAUUGUCUAAUGCAGGAGCAAAAGAAGCCAGAACUAUAUACCGAUUUGGGGGAGCACGGCAGAACCACAGCAAGAACAGCAUCGACGACAUCGUCAACGACGACGACGACGACGACGACGACGAUGAGGGCAAUGCCCACUCCAAGUGCCUCAGAUACACCAGAGUCAACAGUAUUGACCACGACGCCAACAACAACAACAACAACCACAUCGACAACAUCUUCGCCAGCGUCAUCGUUACCAGCAUUAUUUGCAACGCAAACGAGAAGCAGAUAUCACGACGCACUAAAUAUGCCAUCGACCAUGUUUCCGCCUGCCUUGUCCCUGCAACUGCAACAGUCAGCAGCAUCAGCAGCAGCAUCAGGAGCUGCAUCAGCAGCUGCAUCAGGAGCAGCAUCAUCGCCAUCAGCCGCUGAAUUGCCGGCGAUGUCCAUGCAGGGUUUGAAUCUUUCCACAGGCAGUUCAGGCACUGCUGACGGCAAAUCAGAGCCGAGCAUCAGCUGGGUGCAUUCGGAGAAUGCGGAUGAGACAUACUUUAUGCUGCAAAUGCAUCCCGAUUUGGCCGACCCCACCGAGCAGCUGGGCAUGGAGAUUGAGCAGGAUGACAACGAGACGGUCACCGACAUUAGACAGCGAUUUGGCGAGGAUAGGCUGGUGAAAAUGCAAAUCAAUCUCACUGACAUGGAUGACCUGGAUUUGCGCUGCGGCGGCCUGGUGAGGCGCACCAACAUGUCCUAUGUGAACUCGGGCGCCGUCCGCUGCAUGAUGCAGCGUUGCACGUUCACGCUCAAUGCUCCAGAAAUAUGCCCACCUGAUUACAAGGAAACGGACGAUACAAUAUUCUGGAUAUACUUUUUACUACGCUUUUUAGCCACGACCAUGCUGUCAGCCGGCGUUACGAUAAUGGAUCCCAUUGCGCUCACAAUGAUAGAGAAGUUCGGCGGGGACUUUGGGCGCGAACGCUUGUUUUCCAGCAUUGGCAUGGCCAUCUUUUCGCCCAUCACGGGAAUUAUGAUUGACUACUCGUCGCGGGGCCUGGGCUACACGGACUACUCGGCCGCGUUCUAUACGUACGAUGUGCUGCUGGUGAUAUCAACAAUGUCCGUGUUAAUGAUGCCGCUGGGCGAGAAGCUGCCGGCGGAUAAUGUAUUUCGGGAUUUGUGGAAUCUAUUGAAAAUGCCGCACGUGAUUGCAUUCAUAAUAUUUCUGUUUGUGCUCGGAAAUUUCUGGGGCUUUAUCGAAAGCUUUCUAUUCUUGUAUCUCAAGGAGCUGGGCGCUCCCAAUUACUUGUUAGGCAUUACAAUUACUGUGGGCACUGUGAGCAGCAUACCAUUUCUGUAUGGAGCCGAGAAAAUCACACGCAUAUUUGGUCACGUUAAUUUGAUUAUCAUUGCGUUCUUUUCGCACGCCGGACGCCUGGUGGGCUAUUCCUUUAUCGAAAACGCCUGGUGGUGCUUUCCAUUCGAGGCCAUGGAGUCGCUGUCCUGCCAUCUGAUGUGGGUGGCAGCCGCCACCUACUGCUCCCUGCUGGCGCCGAAGACCCUGCUGGCCACCCUGAUUGGCGUCCUUGGCAUGGCCCACUUCAGCCUGGGACGCGGCAGUGGCAGCUUUACGGGCGGUUUGCUGAUUGGCCAGUUCGGCACUCGGGAUGCCUUCCGGUAUAUGGGUCUGCUGGCUGUUGUUGGCGGCAUCGCGUAUGGGCUGCUGCAUUUGAUUUGGUUACGCAAAUUCGAUCACACCGCCGAGGAGUCCGAGGAGGAGGCUGAAACUGUGGAGGCGGGCGAAACGGAAAAGCUGACCGAGCCGGCGACCAAAGAGCAGGGCACUUCCAUGUCGCUGGAGCGUCUAAGCCUCAUGAUCAAAUACAAUCAAAUUGGCAGUCUGUCAUCGCUGCCAAGGGGCUCGCGGGCGGAUAUACACGACCAUUUGUCGGUGCGUCGGAGCAGCUACAACGUGGAGUCGCUUAGGGGCGUGCCCAAGCACGGGAAUAUUGGUCACAGCGCAUCCAAGGUGGAUAUAUUGCGCUCGGCGCUCGAAAUCAAUCACAAGUCCUCCAACCAUUCGAUACUGAGCAAAGCCGAUAACAAAACGUCAAAUCAAUCACUGGGUCGCAAUCGUGCCGACAGUGCGCCCAAAUUGAAUCACAGCAAUCUAAAGAAUAUUUCACAGCCCGCUCUCGAGGGCGUCGUAUUAGAGGGCGUGGAAUCAACAUUUUUCCCGAGCCGCAUGAAAAAGUAUCCAAGUGGUUUGUUAACUUCAAUACCCGCUGUGGAUUUAUCCGUAAUACCCACCUCAAUGUUAAUGGUAAAGUACAUAGCCAAAUGGGCCAAAAUAAAUGCAUGUUAUAAAAGUUUUCGGGCUAACCAAAGUUCACACACACACACUAACUAAAUGCUUGCAGAGCGA